AACUGUGGAGCUGUGUGAUCCAAACCAGUACUUAUUAUUGCUUUAUUUGCGACGGAAAUCCCACAGCGUGAAUCUGGUUCAGCUUCCCGGGCGCCAGCUUUUGUUUCUCGCCUCCGACACAGGGCCUCCAGUCCCACCCCCGUAUCACCGGACAAUACCAGUUACGAACCCCAAGAUGCAAUGCAACUUGGUUGUUGUUGGUGCUGCGCUCCUGCUGGCAACUUUAACGUUUUGCGCGGCUGAUCUACCUUUGGAUCCGCUGCCGCUCUCCGACUGGACGAACGGCAGUUCUAUUUUCUGGGGAGGCCCUCAGGAUGGCCAGGACGACCCCUUCAGUAUGCGGCUGCCUCCAGGAGCGUGCGGAUAUGGGGAGCAAGAUCCGAAGAUGUGGCCAUUUUUCGGAGUGACCGGAGUGAGCCCGCAAAGCCCUCUUGUUCGUGAUCGGCCACAGGCAUCCUGUGGCACGUGUCUGGAGGUCAAGUGUGCCUCGCCGGACCCGCAGGUUUGCACGUCAACAGCGAGCGUCACCGUCGUCAUUACGGACGUCUGCCCUGACUGUGCCGCCAACGAGCUUAACUUGCACGCUCUGGCCUUCCAACAAAUCGCGCGCCUUGAAUAUGGUAGCGCUGCUAUUCAAUACCGGCAGGUGGAGUGCUCGCCUAUGGACAACAUCGCUGUCUAUGUGGACGGUUUCCGCGUCGUUCAGGGUGGGUGGCUACGUCUGAGCCUCAAGUCGGUGGCCAGCGACGGUGCCGCGGUGCUUGUGGAGCUCGCUCGUUCCCCGAACGCUACGGGUGGCAGUAACGCGACAAGUAGCACGGUUGCGUUAGCUGGGGGCAACAAAACGACCGUGAUUAACCCUGCGCCGCAGCCGACGGCAGACCUUGGCGCUCCCAAGGCUGACGGGGCGGACAACGCGUCUACCAUCUUGAAUGCUACCUGGAAGCCCAUGACCAACACGUACGGCGCCGAAUGGGAGUUGUCCGCUCUGCCCGGACCGCCCUACGACCUGCGUCUGACCGACCGCUACGGUCGCAAGAUCGUUCUUUCUAACGUCAUCACACGGGCCGGCGCCCUCGGAGAGUUUCCCGGCCGCGCUCAGUUCCCCGGUCUCAACGCCACCAGCAGCAGCAGCAGCAGCAAGGCAGCAAGCCCCGUCCAGGUGCCUGUGGCACUAGCAGGCAACGGCGCAGCGAUCGCCCCUACACCGUCAACGCCCAAGCCUACCCCAACCCCCACCACCGCACCCUCGGGCACAGUCCCGACCCUUCGUUCAUCGAUACUCAAGUCGGUGGAUCGCCGACGCCUUCUGGGUACCGCAAGUCAACCGGCGUCCGGCGACACGAUCCGGCAAGUGUCUCGUCGCCAGAUGCGGCAGAGGACCCGCGGACAGAAGGCAGGCCCGCUGCCCUAAGAAGCUGUGGCCUUGUUUUAAAGCGAAGAUUUGAAGUAGGAAGAUAGGAAGAAGCUGUGAAGAUCUAUAGAUAGAAGAUGCAGGGUGUACCCCGUCCAGGAGGGGUUGUAUUUCAAAAAGGGCAGCUGUAGGGAUGGUGGGAUUUUCCAUAGUACCUGGAGGAAAUAAUGUCGUGCGAAUUUUGUGAAGUGUCCAAUGGACACUGUCCUCUGUAGGUCUGUGGGGCCAAGGGUAGGUCGGUACAAGGUGCAUAGUGCCUUGCACGAAAGAGGCAGGUGUGUUCAUUUCGACACAUGAGGACGUGUUCUACGACUUUACCUGCCUACGUGCCUCUUCUGUAAGAUGAGAAUAUUGUG